AUGAUGUCGUCGCAAGACCUUGCUUUGCUAGCAGAACUCUUUCCUAGUGUUAAUGAAAACAAAUUGCGAGGCACCCUCAAAAGUGCCGGUGGAGAUGCGCAAGUGGCGUGCUCUAUGAUAUUAAGUGAGCAAGAAACCCUUAAUCAAAUGGCAAAAAACUCUCUCUCUAACAAUACUGACGGUCGCUCUGAAGGAGAAGGUAUGGGCAGUCGACACGCAAAAGCACUUUCCGAGGAAAACUUUCCUGAUGAAAAUCACACUAAGGCGAGGAAGGGCGCCGUCAACCUUAAGAAACGCAUGUGGAGACCUAUUCACUCUUUUACAAAGGGCCAAAGUUCAAGAUUAGAACUCGAUCAGGCUGCGGCGGUCCAUUCCAAUGCGUGGGUCUCCGCUACAGACUCAAUUCAAGACAUUAUCCACUACACGAACGCUGCUCCAAAAUCUGCCCAGAAGGCAUUUUACAAAAAGACUUUGAAUUCAGCAAGAGCUAUAAUAGAUAUAAUAUACCAUUACGAUGAGUAUGCUGAGGACAUUAACGGUUCUCGACUUCCGGGCGACAACGAGCCAGAGUAUGGAACUCCGCAAAGAGACUUUAUGAAGGCUGGUGGGCGCGUACAGUCUCCAACAGGCUUCGCACACAAGAAAAAACCGGUAGGACUGGUGUUUUCGGCGGACCAGGAAAGAGCAAACAUUUUUAGUCCGCGCUCAGAAGAAAACUACAAGUACGAUAGCUCCAGCUUAGAAGCCAAAGAGUUGAAUUCAAUAAUCACCAACAACCCUUCUCUGAGAGCAAUUAGUCCAAGUUUUUCGAAACGCGCAUUGGAAUUUUACGAAGGCGAUGUGGAGCGCACCACGCUUACGUUAAUCUUCAUAAUCGAAAAGAAUUGUGCACAGUAUACCUUCGUUGAUGCCGCUUCAAAAGCACCUUCCCUGAAUUCACAAAAAAAUCUCUCUAAAGUGAACAAGGGUUCUGUGAAGCCGCGAAGAAUGGGUGCUGAAAUUGGUGGGCUUGACCCGUCUUGUUUCGCCAGUGAUGAAAACUACGACAGAGCGCUACUGAUCAUCGAUAACAUCUUGACCAUGUAUACCGCCGACCUUCAUGGGUUCUUGCCAUAUGAAGCAGAACUCAUAGCAGAAAGAUGCCUCAACGUAUGGUGGACUAAAGAGCUGGCUUUGAGAGAAAUGAACGGCCAGCGCCUAAAUCAAAUCAAGGCAAUCAAUCUCGCGCCAUUUAAGAUAAUCACGGGUAGGGGACUCCAUAGUGUCGGAGGUGUUUCCAAAGUGAGAAUCAAAGUUAAGAAGUUUCUAGAUACAUGCCUCUACUCCUACACGGAAGAGGCAUCAUACUUUAUAGUGGAAGGGAAGAAAAAGGCUUAA